GGAUGGAGCAGAGAGGGAGAAGCGCCGGUCAGACACCUCUGAAAUAUCCCUUCUACAAUUGAGGACGUCGCUUUGAUUUACACCCGGACUGCGGCUUCUUUUUUUCUGUCUCUUUUUCCAUUAAUUUGGCCUCUGACACCAGUCCUCUCCACUCCAACUGUGUGUCAACACACCGGCAUCGACUGUCAAUCAGCGGGGAAAGCAAAGAUAAACCCCGUUUAAAAAAACACUCAAAAUACAUUUUUUCCGCGAGGUUUCAGCCGGAAACACCUUCCUCCCGGACUGCCCUGUCACUGCUACAAUGAAUAUGGAUGAAGACAAUCACGUUCCUGAGGAUCUGUCCCUGGAGGAGAGGGAUGAGCUGUCAAACAUCCGGCGCAGGAAGAGAGAGCUGCUCGAUGAUAUUGAGAGAUUGAAGUUUGAGAUAGCAGAGGUGAUGACGGAGAUUGAGCAGCUGACGUGUGUUGGAGAAAGUAAAACAUCUCAGAGAAACAAACAGAUCGCCAUGGGCAGGAAGAAAUUCAACAUGGAUCCAAAGAAGGGAAUCCAGUUCCUGCUGGAGAACGACCUCCUCCAGCACACUCCCGAAGACAUCUCCCAGUUCCUCUACAAGGGUGAGGGCCUCAACAAGACCGUCAUCGGAGACUACUUAGGCGAACGGGAUGACUUCAACAUCAAGGUGCUACAGGCUUUUGUGGAGCUGCAUGAGUUUGCAGACCUCAAUCUCGUCCAAGCACUACGGCAGUUUCUGUGGAGUUUCCGAUUGCCAGGUGAAGCCCAGAAGAUCGACCGUAUGAUGGAGGCAUUUGCCUCGCGGUACUGCCAGUGCAACCCGGGAGUGUUCCAGUCGACAGAUACCUGCUAUGUGCUGUCAUUUGCUAUCAUCAUGCUAAACACCAGCCUACAUAACCCCAACGUCAGAGACAAGCCCCCGGUGGAACGCUUCAUCUCCAUGAAUAGAGGCAUCAACGAAGGUGGAGAUCUGCCAGAGGAGCUUCUCAGGAAUCUUUACGACAGCAUCAAAAACGAGCCCUUCAAAAUCCCAGAGGAUGAUGGCAACGAUCUGACGCACACAUUCUUCAACCCCGACAGAGAAGGCUGGCUCUUAAAGCUCGGCGGCAGGGUGAAGACGUGGAAGAGACGGUGGUUCAUUCUGACGGACAACUGCCUCUAUUACUUUGAAUACACAACAGAUAAAGAGCCUCGUGGGAUUAUUCCUCUGGAGAACCUCAGCAUCAGAGAGGUGGACGAGCCCAGGAAACCUAACUGCUUUGAGCUCUACAACCCAAACCACAAAGGUCAGGUGAUCAAGGCCUGCAAGACCGAGGCAGACGGCCGCGUCGUCGAGGGCAACCACGUGGUGUACAGGAUAUCGGCCCCCACGCCGGAGGAGAAGGAGGAGUGGAUCAAAUCCAUCAAAGCGAGCAUCAGCAGGGAUCCUUUCUACGACAUGCUUGCCACCAGGAAGCGGAGGAUAGCCAAUAAGAAAUGAUGACCGUCCACCUGCAACUGCACCUGCACCGCCACCGUGUCUGUGACCAGCAGAGUCCUCCUGUGUGUUUGUCUGUGUGUGUUAUGUCAUUGGGUGGGGGGCUUACGAAGGCCUCCUGGUUGUUCUUUCAGGGCUUGAGGACGUGCGGCAGACACAGAUGGGACACGUUUAUUUCCAUCUGAAGAUUGGCUGCACGUCAGCUCUUGGUCGAAUGUGAAGGUUAUAUUUCAUCCUGAACACUGCGGUGGCAUUUGGAUGAGACUCUACGGAGAGAAGGAGACUGUGUGCAAAAUGUUUACCAAGCUGGAUGACAAAAAAUGGACAAAAGACUGGAAUCAGGGGAAGUCUGUGACGAGAUCGCCCUCUGCUGGACACUUAAAGAAUUACAACUAAGGGAGGGUUUGAAACCUAAACAUCCAUCCUCCUCAUAUGGCUCCUUUCAUCCAGAACUGCUGGGUUGCUGUCUGCCAACAAAAUGCCAGUCCACAUUUUAUUAUCUUCACCUCAAAUGUUCUUUGACAACUGCCAACAACAAUGUUCUGUGGUAUCCUGUAACUACAGAAAGCCUCAAGCUUAUAAAUCAGCUGGUCUGAUUUUUAGCCCUCAAGUGACUAUCUGUAUAUGCAAAAACACUUGAUUUAUUUUAGAAGUUAGGCUAACAUACUUCAUUUGCAGUAUGCACCAUUAUUUCCUCUUUGUAGGCAGGUUGGAGAGUCCACAUAUAUUGAGUGUAAUGAACCUUUUAAGUGGCCACAGUUUUAAAAAGCUAUAUACAUCCUGUUAAUUCUGUAAAUGGUCAUUUUAUGUAUUGAAGAUCCACCUCUGUUCAUUUCUUUUGUAUUUAUUUUCUUAAUUUGUUUAACAAAAGAGGCAGCCCCCGAUUUACAUUAUGCAUGUAUAGAAUAUAUUGUACAUACCGUUUUUUUUCCCCUUUCUUUGUUGUGUUUAUGUAGCAUGUAAAUCAUAACGGCCGUAGCCUAUACCCGUUCACCUUUUUUUUUUUAGUUUAACAGUUUACAAUAGUGGAAGAGGGACUUUGUGCAGCUCUGUGCAGAGCAGUGAAACCUCCUCAUACUGUUAUUACUGAAGAGCAGAUAAUACAUGAUGUUAUAUGAAGGAAAAACUCACUAUGAUGAGUUGGACAAGAGAGUAUAGGACAUAGGCGGGUUCAGAA